UUUUUAGGGUGGGCGGGAGAGAGAGAGAGAAAGAGAAGAAAGAAGAAAGAAGCAUGAACGAUGACAUGAAAAAGUAAUUUUGUUUAUUUUUAUUUUUUUGUUAAUAUACAGGGUUGUGACUUUGUUCAUGCGUUCUCCGUUACUUGUCGUUUCCUUCUCUCGUUACCUCAGACCGAUGCUGUGUUGCUUCCCGAGGUGAUACCCGCGUGCUGGAUGAUCACUUGUGCUUGCGAAAAGAUAGAGAUGGCUGCUGAGGUUGAAGAGGUUGUUCCCGCUGGCGGUGCUCAUGAGAUCAAGCCAUAUAAAAUACAUGUCUCUUCGAAAUAUCUAGAUCUUACCAAACAGAAGCUUGAGGUUACUAGAUUGCCUCAUGAGCUCUCAGAACCAAAGUCUAAAGAUUGGUGGGAGCCAAAGUCUCGGGUAGAGGUACUCAUUGACUAUUGGCUUGAACAGCAUUCGUGGCGGACACAAGAGACUUUUCUAAACGCUGAGCUACCUCAGUUCCGCACCGGAUUCACCGUACCUUCUUCGGAGGCAACAGUUAGAAUUCACUUUAUCCACGCUCGCUCAUCUCAUGCCAAUGCGGUACCCCUUCUUUUGAUACCACCUUUUCCUUUCUCCAAUCUUUCUUUUGGGAAUCUCAUCAAAUUAUUUACCGAGCCUGAGGAUGCAGCAAAUAACCAGCCGUUUCAUCUAAUAAUACCGUCCCUGCCGGGACUGGGAUUUAGCGAUGCGCUUCCGAAUAAUACCCCGGUGAUCUCAUCUACUGCGGAUAUUCUGAACUCGUUAAUGAGUCGCCUCGAGUAUCCUCAUUAUCUAGUAACGAAUGCAAGUUCAGGAGCUGCUUCACCUGCAGAAAUCGACUUUAAGCUGGUUCAUUAUCUGGUAUCCUGCUAUCCGAACCAUUGCCUAGGCGCCCACUUGAUUUCACCCCCGAUAUCGAGUCCGGAGCUUCGGGAAGCGCCAAUAGAGUGGGCAAUAUGGUCACUUGCUAAUUUGUUCCAUGUCCCUAUGCUAGGCUAUCGAUCCGAGGAUUUUUCAGCACUGGAACGAAAUGGCUAUGUUCAUACCUCGAGUAGGGAGCCAACUGCGACCCCAAUUGGGUUAAAUCAACUAGGCUUUCGGGAGCCCAACACCCUAGCUUAUGCAUUAUGCGACUCCCCGACGGGCUUGCUGGUUCUUAUUCUGAAAAUUCUCAGUCUCCUUAGCCCCAAAAAGCAGUUUUCGUCGGCGGAGGUGAUCCAAUUUUCCCAGCUUGCUUGGCUCCCUGGUCCGGAAUCGGCUAUGAGAUUUUGGGCAAAUUGUGUGCGACAUCCAGAGACCGCACCGAGAAGGUCUAGCUUUAGACCGAGGGUCGGACUUACGGUAUUUCUCGGUGAUGAGCCGAGUGCGGAUGAAAAUGCAGGGGCGGAAGCGGAGGCGGAGGCAGGCCAUCUAAUACAAGAAGAUGUAAAAGACGGUUAUGCAUGUCCUAGAUGGGCCAAGGCCAAGUACAGAGUGGUCUACGUCAACCGUGCUCCGGGAACUUCGGGACUUUUAGCGUGGGAACGGCCUGAGCUCAUCGCUGCGGGUAUAAGAGCCGUUGCAACGUCCAUCUUAAAAUGGGACUCCCGACUACGACCGAAGCCGAAAGCUCAGGUGACCGUGGUGCCCCUCGAGCAAGUGAUAAUCCAAAGCGAUAUAAGUAGAACAAUCCAACCGCUGUCACCACCAACAAAGCCAGAUCCGACACUACUCACACUGCCCACUAUAGACGAGCGAGGUCAUCCCCACCGCGAAAUUAGUGACGAGACGGCAGUGGCGAGUGAUGAAAAUGUUGGUGGGAAAGCAUCCCCCCAGACACCCAGUCCGGUGCAUCUUUCUCCGCUCAGUGAUGAGUGAGCGCAUCUAUGGUGAGAGGCAAGUGAUGACAUGGCUGUGGAGCUGUCAGACAACGAGGGGAUGUACACUCACCAAUCAGCGAUCUGAUGGCGAUUCUGAAUUCAAAGCUAUAGGUUAUGUCCACGACAUGAUACAACCUGGCAGUGGCUGCAAAGCCUACUGGAUCAAGAAGGAGGGAGAGCGAUUGAUGACUUAGUAUAUACCUACCUAGGUACUUACUUCCUUGGCGAUUUUCUUAAAUGUUUUAUGAUACCUCGUCAAUGAGAAUGAGAGAUGAUAGAAAGGGUUCGAGUUAGGUUAUAUUGGUUGAAAGGGACUUCGGAUAGAUGUGUAUAAGUGCAUAUAGUAGCAUUGUGAUUUAUCAAUUGAUACGAAAAUAAAGGGGGCGAUCCUCAGUGCUGUAUGUAAUAAAAGGGAACAUUUUUAUGUAUUAUGUACAAGUUGUACCUAGUACAAAAAUGAACAAGGUUAUCUCGAUAAGAAAGACGAUAAGCGACA